UCAUAACAUGUCGACAUUGGCGAUAGCUGCACGUAUUGUUUGAAAGAUAGAAGAGACUUAAUGAAAAUACUUUCAAAAUAGUAGGGACUAAAGUCGCAUCUGAAAGAAAUCUUUGUGUAAAACUAAUAUAUACCGUUGGAGAAUUUCCAUUAUCAGAGAAAAAUAAGAUAUGUUUACCAUGUGCCAAGAUUUUGGAUAAAUGCUAUGAUUUAAAAUGUAUGAUGAGGGUAAAAGUGCUAGUUGACGAUGUCGAGGAAGUGUUAGGUAGUGUUAAAAAGUUGUGCGUAACACCUUCAGGCCCGACUCCAUAAAGACGACGUGUGUCUGUGAUUGACUCCAUCAAAAAAAGUAUCCAACAACAAUCAUAAACAUCGCCUGUCACAAGCAAAGAGAAGGCCAGGAAAAGUCUGCAGUUCCUGGAUCAUGCGUAUUCAAAAUCUUCAGAACCUCUGGGCCAAUUUCAAUCAAACUCGGUACACACCAUCCAUGGCUGAAGGGGAUUCAAGUUCAUUUAAAUGAAAGGUCAUACCCCUUUCAAAGGGGAUAUAAUCACGAAAAAUAUGAUACCGAGAGGUUUAGAAUCAUCAAACCUUGAGAUGAAUUGAGAGCAUUAAAGAUACCGGUUGGUGGUGAUCAGUUAGCCAGGAUAAGAUUACAGGGAGCAAAGGUUUUGCGUGCUGGAGCCGACAUUUGACCAGCUGUAUCCAAUGAUUGUGGAAUUUUUCCAUACUGUAAUGGAUUUUGUUGAGAAAAUGAUGAAAAGAUUUAUGAAAUCAAAAUCCGGAAGAGAUGUUGGAACUUUAGAACAACUCAAAGUAAACAUUCACAGGACAAAUGUAAAUGGGAAUGUGAAAAGCAGAUUCGCUGCACAUGAAGAAUUUGUUCUCUUAGUUGGAGAGGCCUAUUUCUUGGAGUAUGCUUAUCAAAUUUCAACAUGGAAGAUACAGUGUACCAUCAAAUCAUAUUGAGGAAGGAAUUAAUUGUACUCACCAUGACACUAGAGAGAAAAGAUUUAAAACCGUGUUCAAAAACUUGGCAGCUGCUGUAAUAGGUACAACUAAAUUGAAACAGCCAACAGUACCCCUAGAGAUAAAUGGGCAGAAUAUUUUGGCUCCUGUCACUGACGUAAAGGCCUGUAUUGAUAUUGAUAUCAUAGUUGGCGCUGAACAGAUGAAGGUUGUAAUUCCUUGUAAAACUCUCACAGUUAACAAAGCGGUUCUGGUUCAAAUUGCAGGAGGAUGUAAAUUGUUGAUUAGAUUGAAAGAUGAAGAUGACCUGUAUAAUUAUGCAACACAAUAUUUACACUGGUAUUCGAUUCUCGCAGUAUUUAAAGACUCGAUAGCUGAGGGAAAUAUCUUCAUGAUAAAUAUUGUACUAAAGAUGAUGAUUCCUUGCUUUUAUGGAUAUUCUGUGCUUUCAAAGUAUUUCGUGGAAUGCAUUGAUUUUAUACUGAAAACAGAACAUUUACUCGAGCCUAAGUUAGCACUUCUAGUGCGUACAAGUUCUCUGGUUAAUCCAUCUGGAUGGACAGGUCAGAACAAACCAGCAGAUCUGGAGAAAGAAAAUCAAGUGAAGGAACUGAAAAAACUCAUCAAGGGAUUGGGAGCUAACAAAACCGAAAAUUCCAUCAUUCAGAUUUCGAAAGCUGCCCCCAUUAUAAAUACAAUUACAUCUAAUAUGGAUGAAGAAAUUGGCCACAAGACGAUUAAAUCUAGUCAUAAACAUAGAUCUCAGGUGGAUGAACUGAAGUCAUUAUUAAGAACUCUCCGCGAUGCCAAAUCAUUCAUAUAUUCACCGGGAAGAUAUCUCCAGGCAUACAAAGGAAUUAAAAGGAGUGUUUAUGAUGAACUAUCCAUGAAAAAAAUUGUUUUUGAAAGUACAAUAAUGAGUGUUGUCAAUAGGUUGAAAAGGGACAUGCCAGUUGAUUACGAUCAUGCUAAUGAUAGUGAAAAUGAAGAUGAUUAGAUGGGUAUUUUUUGUGACUAACCAAAGACUGUACUGAAAAAUUACCCAUUGUUUUGAAUCCAGAUAUGUUAAUGAGAGAAUCACUAACUGUAUAAUUCUUUAUUGUACAGCCCUUGAAAUUGAUACUAUUUGUUCAUUAAUUGAAAAAUGUACACUCUAACUCAAUACUUAAAUAAACAUGUACAUAAUA